GCUCUGUGUAUGUAUGUUCCACGAGCCUCCUUGACUCUCUCUCUCCCUCUCUUUCUCUUUGGUAUUCUCUCACUCACCGUCCAUGGCUCCUGCUAUUGCAUACGGAUCUGUAUAGCCUAACCCCUUAUCACUCUCUUUUACUACAUGGAAAUGAAAAGCUUGAGCCAGUAAUCACUAUUCUUCUAUCGUUUCAAUUACUGGGUAUGUUUCAAACCUCAUUUUAGUCCUCAAUCUUACAGUGCCGCCAAUGCCACUUCUGAAAUUUCCCUUCCACGCCUUGAACUUUCGCUUGGUUUUUCAGCUCCCAUGAAAAUUUUGAUUUCCGAAUAGGUGGAUAGUCGUUACAGGGCAAUUUUUGGCUGCUGGAGUCUUUGGUUUUUCUUGACUCAUUUCCUGCUCAACAUUCAGAGGUAUUAGUCCUUGUGAGUUAGAACGUUUGGUCAAAGAUGAUUAAGAACUAUCAAUUGCAUGCUUCAACUUUGCCAAGUGGUUUAUCUUCGACCCGGAUUACUCUACAUGGAAUUUCUGUGAAUUGUAUGCCCUGCCUUCCCUUUAGACCUCUGAGAAAAAUCAACACCAUAAGAGCUACAUCAGCAGAUGGAGGGCACAUUGAACAAUCGCCAGCUUCAGGAUCAACUAAUCCUAUUGCUGUUGUUUUGGAUAUUCCUCGUAGCCUUUGGAGGCAAACGAUGCGUCCAUUAGGCGAUUUUGGAUUUGGUGGAAGAAGCAUAUGGGAAGGUGGGGUAGGAUUGUUUAUAGUUUCAGGUGCAGUACUGUUUGCUCUUAGUUUGGCCUGGUUGAAGGGUUUCCAAAUGCGAUCCAAAUUCAGGAAGUACACAGCAACAUUUGAGUUUGAUCAGGCUUGUGGAAUAUCCACUGGAACUCCUGUGAGGAUCAGAGGGGUCACUGUUGGAGAUGUCAUUCGUGUGAAUCCUUCCCUAAGAAGUAUUGAAGCUAUAGUUGAGAUUGAAGACGAUAAAACAAUCAUACCACGGAAUUCAUUGGUUGAAGUUAAUCAAUCAGGUCUUCUUAUGGAAACUAUAAUUGACAUUACUCCUCGUGAUCCUAUUCCAACGCCUUCAACUGGACCUCUUGACCAAGAAUGUUCCAAAGAAGGACUCAUUGUGUGUGAUAGAGAAAAGAUUAAGGGUAUAGAAGGAGUAAGUUUGGAUAAAUUGGUUGGGAUUUUUACUCGUCUUGGGCAAGAUGUAGAGAAAAUUGGCAUUGCUAAUAGCUAUUCAUUGGCUGAACGAGCUGCUUCUAUUAUUGAAGAAGCGAAACCACUUCUUACAAAGAUGAAAGCCAUGGCUGAAGAUGUUCAACCUUUGUUGACUGAAGUUCGUGAUAGUAACCUCUUGAAGGAAGUUGAGAAUUUAACCAGAAGCCUUACACAAGCAUCUGAUGAUUUGAGAAGGGUACAUUCAUCCAUUAUGACCCCUGAGAACACUGAACUGCUCCAAAAGUCUAUAUAUACUCUUAUUUUUACGCUGAAGAACAUUGAGAAUGUUAGCUCUGAUAUUCUGGGUUUCACUGGUGAUGAAACUACCAGAAAGAAUUUGAAACUACUUAUCAAAUCCCUCAGCAGGUUAUUGUGAGGUCCACAUUCCAAUUAAAGUAGAAUAUAAUUCAAUUAGUUUGUUUCCAAUGUGUUUAGCCUACCACAACAUUGAAGGAGUAAAUAGUAUUUUGUGACUGUUCUGAGUUGUUUCUAUGUUGUGCCAUUUUCAACUGUGAUAGAAAUUUGUUUUUCCCAGUCUACAAUGAGCUGCAGAUAUGUUAUUGAUUGGGGAAGCUGAUUGCUAUCUACACAUUCUUCUUUUACUGAAAUUGUUAUUCAUAUGUGGAUCAUGUAGGUGACUCUUAAUGAUUGUCACUCACUUGACACACUUCAGCUACAA